UCCACUCAACAAAUCACUAUCCGUCAACCAUCUACAAAACAUUGAAUCAAUACGAAUCAUAGAUAUGGAUAUAACUAUAUCAGACAUGAUAGCAAUUGUAAAAUAUGGAAAUAAAUUAGAAGACUUAGUCUUCAGUAUAUGUAUCAAUAACUUUAUUUAUUUCCUCUCCCAUAGAAAUGAAACCCAUAACUACAGACGUUGUAAUUGUAAUAGCCUUAUAAGCCGAUUCAGAGGUAUCAUGGUGGAGGAUAAAACAGAAGAGGAGUAUAGUGCUAUCGAUGAAAACUGGAAAUAUUUAGUAAAACUAUUCAAAGAAAACAGAACCAUCAAAAGCUUGGGUCUAAAUUUUUACUGUAGAAGCAAUGAUAAUUCUGGAAAUGAUUCAAAUCUUGUCCCUGAUUACCUUAUCAAGAAAUUUUGCUCCCUAUUCGAAUUUAAUCAAACACUCUUUAAAUUCUCUGUUGUAUCAAGUAUAUCACUACAACUAUGCAAACAACUUUUACAAAUCAAUACUGCAAUCACAACCUACAAUACCAUUAUCUAUAAUGAUAGGGAAACUUUUAGAAAAGAAAAAGAAGAUAUUCUUGUAUACCAAAUUAAACCAUUACUACUUUUAAAUCAAAAUAUCAAAACUUUAAAAUACACACAAAGAGUUUUUAAUCAAAAAGAACAAAGAUUUGAUGAAAAUGUUUUAAUAAAUUUUAGUAAAUUAUAAUUAUUAAAUAAAAAUCUUUUUUUUCUAUUU